AUGGCGUUCAAGGUCGAGAUAACAGCAACCCACAUCAUUAAACCUUCAUCCUCCACUCACGACCACUUGAAAACCCACGAUUUAUCUCUUUUCGACCAGUUAUCGCCUUCCGUUUAUCCUCCGAUAAUCUUCUUCUACGACGCAAAGCCAAACUCGAACUUAGCCCCUCGACUCAAGACCUCUUUAUCUAGAGUUUUGUCGUCGUUUUAUCCAUAUGCUGGACGUGUAAAUGGAGACGUUUUUGUCGAUUGCAAUGACGCCGGAAUACCAUAUUCUGAAGCCACUGUUGAUUGUUCCCUAUCUUAUGUGCUUCAACAGUAUGAUUUGAACUUGAUGAAACAGUUUGUUUCUUUAACUGAGGAAUCCGAGAAUCCUGAUCAUACCAUUCCCUUGCUGGUCCAGGUGAGCUACUUCAAAUGUGGUGGAAUUGCGAUUGGUGCAUGUUCCUCGCAUAAGAUCGGCGAUGCAUCUAAUUUCUUUUCUUUUAUUCGUGAAUGGGCAAACCUUUCAUUGAACGAUAACCCAGUUUUGGUUCCCGAGUUCAGUAUCUCAUCUCUAUUCCCACGGAUUGGUUUCUUGAACAUUACCGGAAUCCAGAUUCCAAUGAACGAAAUGCUCGUUAGAAAGAGGUUUGUGUUCAAUGCUUCAAGCAUAUCAUUACUCAAAGCCCAAACAUAA